CUCAUGUUGCCUCUGAGUGCAAACGAUGUAAACCAUGAAUGACGCCAUGUAGCUUGCCCUCGCCGGUCCUGAAGGUUUUCCAUCUGUGAUUGGGGAGUUCCCGUGAAGAUCAUUUCCUCGUUAUUUUCAUCUUUCACGUGUUGCCGUUUUCAGGAGGUCUGAAGACUCCUUGAGAGCAGCUACAGCAGGGGCGCCAAACCAGCAUCUUCCGGGAUGUUUCCCCGUUUUCCAAGCUACGGCUUAUCCCAGGCCAUGCCGCCACCAGCUCCUUGGACCAACCAGUGCAACAACUCGUUCCACCAGCCCGCUGCUCCUAUGGCCACCGUCAUUCGCGGGGGCCACUCAGGGACUGGCCCUUCAUCGACGGCCGCAUCGCCUUACCGGCAUCCACACCAUCAGCACGUGUUCAUGCCUGCCAGUGACUCGCACCAGUCGAUCAAUGUCGCGAGCUACGACCUGCGUUCUGCCUCAACGUCCGCGACCCCACGAGGGUUUGCACACAGUGCCUCCGUUGCAGAAAGCGGCCUUCAGUUUCCGCAGCAUUUCCAGCAGCCUGGGAUGAGCAGCCACCACAUGACGACCCUUUCCCACGCAUCGGCUGCUACCCCGUCGAAGACUCUGGCCUGUUCCGAGACUGCGAAUGCGACCCAGCAGGCGAUGACGCCAUCGCCCGUCAUUCAGGAGCAGCAUAUUCGUGAGUUGCCUGCCCAUGAGCCGUACACGUACCUUCCCUCACUGGCCACGCUGUUUCAUCACGAGGCCAUGUUACAUUUUGCCACGACACACAUCCAGCCCACUCAGUCGGAUUAUGAGCAGCCUAUUGACAUUUCAAGCCAGCAACAGAGCGGGCCGAGUUCGAUGACAGCCCAGCAGCAAGACAGCGUGAGUGGCCAAACGAGUCAAUGCAAUCAGAAGCAACAGCACCAGCAGCAUCACCAAAUUCAAGUGCCCGGCGUGCUGAGUGUGCAGCAGAUGCAGCAUACCGACUGUUAUGGUUCGAUGGCACAGCAGCGCAUUCAAUCCACCCAGGCGCAGAGCGUGAACGACCACAAUGUCACGCCUCCGAUGUCAUCAGGCUACCAGAUGAUGGCGCCGCAGUCGCACCAACACAGCAGCACAGACUGCGGUGGCUGUGCUGUCGGACUCCACGCGAACGUCCAACCCAUGUUUGGGCUGUAUCGUCUCAACGAUCGCCCCGUGGUGCCGGAUUCUCUGCUCCACCAUCAGCAGCAGAGAUUCGACACGUCCGCUAACUCCAUGACACAGCAGAACUUCUCGCAGCUGCAGGAGCAGACAGCGUCUACAUCUCCCGAGGCGAGCACACAGGAGCUAAGAGCAGGACCUAAGACCGCAGACGCAAACGAAGCGUUGCAGAGGAACGACACUCGGCCAGCUGACGAGAUGGACUCCGUGUCUAGUCGCCUCCGCGACUUGGCAUGUACAAUCCCGUCCUUGGAUUCCGCCCGGCUUCUGGCAAGAUUUCAGACGCUACUGAACAAGCUUAAGACCAGAGGCGCGGACCUGCACAAACCCUGCGGCAGCAUCGUCGGCAGUACGACAUGUUGGACGACGGGGCAACUGGUCUCUCUAAACGAAGUCCUCCGGAGAGUUAAUGUGCAGGUCUUCGAACACGUUCCCAGUGCGUUCACGUUGAAAUGCCUAAAAGGUCCUUCUAAAGACAAGUCAAUUAUUGUUUCCUCUAUUGUGGAGCAUUCAUGCUUAGUGUAUUGGCUUCUUAGGCACCACGUCUGCAUCGAGCGACUCGUCCUAGACUGCGAGGCUGUCAUCUUGCGCCACUUUUCUGCUGAGCUGAGCAAAGCGCUGUCGGCCAACAAGGGUCUCGUAGAAAUUCAACGUCAUUCAGACGGCAGAUGUUUUCACGAAAGAAGUAGCUGUGCAGUUUUGGCCCGUGUCAUCUGCGAGAUGUCUCCUCGACUCGAGUGCUUGAAUGUGACGCCCCUCGUACUCGACCGCGCCGCAGUCGACGGCCUCGUUCAAGGAAUUAGAAGCCCUAGCAACCUGCGCCACCUUGUACUCGGCGACAUGUCGGAGAGGUUGGCGCGAAAAGUGUUUGGCGCAAUAGCUGCGUCUCAAAGCCUGAGCUCACUCGAAGUGGCGAGUGAUACAACGUUCACGCAGGCACGUUCUGUUCUUCUCGCCGCUGCGUUGAAGGGCAAUACCACGUUGAGGCACUUAGCCGUGAAGGACCUGGAGCCCGACACUGUCGGUAUCAUAAUAGGGUCCCUGGCAAGCAACGACACGUUAAAGGAGUUGUCGCUUGAAGGUUCGCGCUAUGUGGCGUGCUACAGUCUCCCAGACGGCCUAAGGGCGCUUCACGUUAACAAAACCCUUCGCUGUCUCAAAUUGACCGAUGUGGGUUUUACUAACAAGUGUGCGCGCGCUCUCGCCGACGUUCUUGGAGGGAACGAUGUGCUUGAAGAAGUCUUUCUUCGCAAGAACGCGAUACAACACUUCGGAGCUGCCGCGCUAGCCAAUGCCCUGGGGCGCAACAUUUCCUUGAAGUUGCUCGACCUGACGGAGGGCGAAUUCCUCAGGUCUGACGCUGUGUCUAUGUUUGCGGAAGCCCUUUCUCGAAAUCGUACAGUGGAGUGUGUGCGGCUAGGCAACGUUCGACUCGAUGAAGAGUGGGAACCGCCCUUACCCCUCACGGCAGACGUGUUCGCUCGAUUGCAAGUGGCGUGGAACCCCCGAGUACUUGGGAAAUGGGCAUCGUGUCUGCAGCGAGAACACCGCUACUUCCCUUCCGUUUGCGUUCGCUUCAUGGAGCCAGAUUACGAGGAACCAAUGACGCAAUGGCUUUCCGCGAUGCACGCGAGCAGGUCAUCGCUAAGUGAACUUGUCGUGUACAUGUCUUGGAGGAUCCCUUGCACUGUUGUUGCCGAGGCGCUGGUGUGUUUCCUAGAAGACACAAGGUCUCUGAAGAAGUUUGUCUUUCGUCCUUUUAAUAAUUUCGAUACUUGUCCGAGCGAAAUCAUUGCCUGUAUGGCUCGCAACAAAAGCCUUCGCGAAGCUGAGUUCGACGUGGCAAUCGGCAAAUACCGAGAGGUGAAGGCUGUUCAAGCCGUGCUGAAAGCCAACCGCACCUUGCACCGACUCAAGUUUCGGGUUAACAAGCUGCCACAGGAAGCUCCGCGCAUACUGGCGCGCUCUUUGGAGGAAAACUUUGUGUUUCUGACGCUCGAGUUCGACGAGUGCGAUACCAAGGCCGAUAUGUACCCACUUCUGAAUGCCCUCAACAGGAAUCGUACUCGACUUAAUAGCGCCGUGAGGCUCUUGUUGUAUGGCACUGUAGACGACUGCUCAAUGCGGGCCCUUCGGCUUCUUUCCUCCAGUGACUCGCUUCUAGACGCACUGGUCAGUGCUUCGGGCAAGACUCGCGAUCAGUGCAAGUCCCUAAUACUCGAUGCAGUUAGCCGCGCUGAGUCUUGUCCAAGCGCAAUGUGACGUCAUGGGGUGAUUAACCAGUCGAAGCCAAGUCUACUCAAACCCUGCAUGUGCAAUGCAGAAAGGCCUCGAGGACAUCGAGAAAUGGAGAAUGCACGUGGCCUGCAUACCUUCUUGCCAUUGCGGGCCGAUUGGCGACGUGCGCUGUGCAUUUUGCCGUAUAGGUGCAGAACGCUACGGG